AUGUUAGGCGGACUGCAACUGAUCACGUUUAUGUCCAAAAUCCAUGAAAUCCAAUCACACCCUCCCGUUUCUCCUCCUCCGUCUUCUUCGCUGUUAGAGCCUCCAUUCUUUCCGACAACGGUCUUUAUCAUCUACACAGGGUUUGUUUCUAGUUCGAUCGCUCAACAACCCUUUGUGAAAUCGAUUUUCCAUAACCUUACUGCUAUUGCAGAAGGUCUUGCCCAAAGAAUUGCAAAUGGGGAUGUUCCAGAAACAAUUGAGGGGAAGAAGUAUCGUGGAGAGUUUGAGGAAAGAUUGAAGAAGCUCAUGGAAGAAAUCAAAUAA